UGUUCAAACUGUCAAAGAUAUGAACACUUUGCAAUCUCUUGUUUCAGAGACUCAAAAUGCGCAUUCUAUGCUAGAGAUCACAAACUAGUGAGCAUAAAUGUGAAACAUGCUCAAAAAGAGGUGAAAUAUGUCAACAUACUCUGCUUAAGUGCUUCAAUUACAAAGAAAAACAUGCAUCUAGCUCAAAAGAAU